ACCGAUCACGGAAAGAGCCAAAGAUGUCGGCUCGGUCAUGUGAUCAGCUGUGUCCAAUCACAGCUGAUCACUGAUCAUCAGGGCACUGAUGAUCAGUGUGCCCUGAUGAUCAGUGUAGCCCCAGCAGUGCCAGCUGUCAGUGUCCAUCAGUGCCACAUCAAUGCCACAUAUCAGUGCCCAUCUGAGCUGCCUUUCAGUGUCACCCAUCAGUGCCAGUCAGUGCCACCUAUCAGUGCUGCCAAUCAGUGCCACCUAUUAGUGCCAGUCAGUGCCGCUUAUCAGUGCCAUGUAUCAGCGCUGCCUUUCAGUGCCCAUCAGUGAUGCAUGUCAAUGCCCAUCAGUGCUGCCAAUCAGUGCCGCCUAUCAGUGCCAGUCAGUGCCGCCUAUCAGUGCACAUCAGUGCCACAUAUCAGUGCCAGUCAGUGCCACCUAUCAGUGCGCAUCAGUGUUUGCAUAUCA